UCUUCUCCUCUCUUGCUUUAUCCGUUCCAUUGUCCUUCCUUUUUCACGCGAUUUUUUAUCCCCGCCCUUGUCGAUCCUAUCGUCUUGCAUUUUGUGUAAGGUAACGCCAUACGUUAUUCCACAUAUACGCGAUAUAUAUUUGCUCGUUGGAACGAAUUUGAUCGUUGAAUAAGGAUACGAAAAGAAACGGAAAGUCGCUAACAACGGCAAGAUCGAUGUGUUCAUGCUUUGCGUAAAAUAUGCCAAGAAAACUAGUGCUACGAUUCUGUUUAAUGUGUUUUCAAAGAGUCGGUACUCUCGACGUAGCGAUAAAAGCACCGAUUCGUACAAAAUCGUGCAGGCAAAUAGUGAAAACUUAAAUGAUGUGGAUGGUGCUGUACUUGGAAUAAAUUCCAAUUGGGAGCUUUUAACACCAAGGGGAUUCAGAUUUUAUUUACCAGGAAGCAUUGGUCCCGGCUGGUCGGAUGUAACCACGACCAUUCAGGUCAAGACGCAAUUAGUCGACCUGCAUUCCAACAAACAGAUCUUGGUAGAUGGUCCCAAAGAAAAAUCUGGUCGCUUAUUGAGUCGUUCGAGAAAGAACAAUCAGCGUCCAGAGCUUCGUUACGUAGCGCAGGAAUGCCCUUUGUUGCUAAGAAAAGGUAUAGAGGAGCUAUUUCCUGGAUGUUUAGACGUCGGUUCUCCUCAGCUUACUAUCGUUACUGUCAGCCAAUCGAUUAACCCGAAGGUUAUGAAAUGGAACAGAGAAAUAGAAACUGAGAAGCUAGCUAAAUACUUUGUGCUAGCUGCUUCAGAUAUUUGUGCAAAAUUGAGAAGAAUGGGUUAUUGGGCAGACUUCAUCAAUCCAUUUAGUGGACAACCUCAUUUGAAUCUACAAAAAAAUAGUACUCUGUACAAAACGGACGAGCGAUUCCGUUGCUUAGGAUUUAAAAUAUUACAUAGGAGCAAUUGUAAGGUCAUUUUGAACGAUAAUAACGCGAAAAAUUUUUUGGGAAAUUUCUACACCACAGCUCCCGCGAGUACAGAAUUUUUAAGAGAGAUUCUACAUGAAUGCGAGCUUGUAAAUGUUAACGAAGCUUAAUAAACGUAGAGCGAGAGGAGAAGGAGAAUAAAGAGCGUCGAUAUAUAUAUAUACAUAUAUAUAUAUAUAUACAAAAUACGUUUUUACGAGUGUUA